GGAGCGGGGCGCGUGAGUGAGACAGAGCUCUGUGUGGUGGUGGAAGCGGCGGUGGUGUGUGUUAAGCCUCUCGUUCUAUGCUGUGGGGUGCACGACACACGUUGUAGUCGCACUUCUAGAACCUACAUUCAACUAACUUUUUUCUUCCUCAGGGGAGAUUUCUAAUCAAACGGAAUAUAUUUUUGAGGAGUUCCGUCUUGACAGAAUCCGCAAACCAUGUCGGCGUCGGCAGCGAAAGUCAGUAGAAAGGAGCAGAACUCAAACCAUGACGGAGCGGACGAGACCUCCGAAAAAGAGCAACAGGAAGCAAUCGAACACAUCGAUGAAGUACAAAACGAAAUUGACAGACUGAAUGAACAGGCAAGUGAGGAAAUUUUAAAAGUCGAGCAGAAGUACAAUAAGCUACGCCAACCAUUUUUCCAGAAGAGGUCAGAACUCAUAGCCAAAAUCCCCAACUUCUGGGUCACGACAUUUGUCAACCAUCCACAAGUCUCGGCCCUGCUCGGUGAGGAAGACGAGGAGGCGCUUCACUACCUCACCAGGGUGGAAGUGACUGAGUUUGAGGACAUCAAAUCGGGUUACAGAAUAGACUUUUACUUCGAUGAAAAUACUUACUUUGAAAACAAAGUCCUGUCGAAAGAGUUCCAUUUGAAUGAGAGCGGUGACCCAUCCUCAAAAUCCACUGAAAUCAAAUGGAAGGCUGGAAAGGAUUUGACGAAACGCACCGGCCAGGCGCAGGUUAAAGCGGGUAAGAAGCGGCAGCACGAGGAGCCAGAGAGCUUCUUCACAUGGUUCACUGACCACUCGGACGCUGGUGCCGACGAGCUCGGGGAGGUCAUCAAGGACGACAUCUGGCCCAACCCUUUACAAUACUACCUGGUCCCAGACAUGGAGGAUGAGGAAGGUGAGGGAGAGGAGGAUGAUGACGAGGAGGAAGAGGGUCUGGAAGACAUUGAUGAGGAAGGAGAUGAAGAUGAGGGAGAGGAGGAUGAUGAGGACGACGGAGAAGAUGGAGAGGAUGAUGGGGAAGAUGACUAGGAGUGACCAGGACCUAUUCCAAUUACCUUCACACUUUUUUUGUUUUUGUGUUUUUUUCCUCCCCCUAUGACCUGUUCAUCCUUCAACUGUUGGGAGCAAAUGAACUUUUUGUUGUUUUUGUUUUGUUUGUUUUUUCUUUUCUUUUUAAAAAAAGAAAAUUUGUGCUCCGUCUUUUAUUCUACUGAAGCCUCUCCUGUCCUGUCCUUACCAUGUCUAAUACAAGUUUAAUUCCCUGGACAUGCCUGCAUUGGAAAUCUGGUGGCAGUCUCAUUGCUGGAGCCUCUUGCAUCCCCUUUUUGAAAUACCAACCAACCAACCACACCCAUCUCCAAAGACAAUAAGAAUCAAAUGUUUAACCAUCUGCACGUCAUCUUAUGUAGAAAGUAAUGAAGUAAAAACAAAAAUAGCAGUUUA